AUGAAUAAGUAUUUGAAAUAUUGUUCAGAUUUGAUUUCUUUCAAUGGAAAAAAUCGAACAAUUUUAUGUAGUUUUCAACGUUUUCAACAUAUAUCAUCGACUAGUGCAGUUACAUUAGCUGAAGAUGUAUAUAAUCCACCGAAGGGAAUGGCUGAUCCAGAACGAUGUCUUAUUAUCGCACAUGGUCUUUUUGGUAAUCGUACAAAUUGGAGAUCAUUAGCAAAAGCAUUUAGUGAACGAGCAAAAAUUAAAGUAGUAACAGUUGAUAUGCGUAAUCAUAGUAAUUCUCCAUAUACGACAUCGAUGACUUAUUUCGAUAUGGCUUCUGAUUUAAUUCGAACUAUCGAAAAAUAUAAUAUGCCAAAAACAAUUUUAAUGGGUCAUAGUAUGGGUGGUAAAGCAGCUAUGCUUGUUGCUUUAGAAAAACCGGCACUUAUACGAAAAUUGAUCGUAGUUGAUAUUGCACCAACAAUAAGUCCAUCUGCAGGAGAAAUGCCGUUAUAUAUUCGAAUUUUACUUAAUAAUCUACAUCGAAUACAAAAUGAAAAAGAUAUUGCUGUAGCAAGACGUACUAUGAACACAAUACUACAAACAUCAAGUGAAUCAUUACGACAGAAUAAAAAUGUUCGUGAUUUUCUUUUAACGCUCCUUGCUCAUGAUGAAUCAAGUGGACAGUUUGUGUGGCGAGCAAAUUUAGAAGCUCUUGACGAAAAUAUAAAUGAUAUUAUGUCUUUUCCAGCUGAAUAUGAUAAUACAACAACUAAUGUUGAAACAUUAUUUAUUGCUGGAGAAAAAUCAAAUUACAUUGAUGAUGAGUCAAUUCCCACAAUACGACGCUUAUUUCCUUCACAUCGUCUUAUUCGAAUUCCGAAUGCUGGUCAUUGGGUACAUUCAGAACGACCUCAUGAUUUUUUAAAUUGUGUUUUGCCUGAAUUAGAAAUCAAAUAA